UCUGCCUCUGUGAUUGGUCUAGAGACAUGCCUGUCAAAUAUUUAGACCAAUGGCAGAGGUGCGUCUCACCCAGAGCAUGGUUGGUCAGAAGGUUCUAUGGUUGACAUGUCUGCGGAGGUUUGACGGUGAUUGUUGGCAUCAGUGGCGCUGCAGCAGAGCAGCACAGGCCGGAAAAAACACACUCAGUCGUUUCUGAGUAUCUCCAAGCUUUAGUGGAUACCUGCUGGUGAGAAAUGGCUGAGGGAGGCUUUGACCCCUGUGAGUGCAUCUGCUCUCAUGAGUAUGCUAUGAGGCGCCUCAUCAACCUGCUCAGGCAAUCCCAGUCGUACUGUACAGACAACGAGUGUCCUCUGGAGUUGCCAGGGCCCGGUGGGUCGGUGGGUGGAGGAGAUGACCUGACCCUGCCGAUGGUUCUGAUGGGAUGGGUGGUGGUGGCCCUGGUCCUGUUUCUGCUGCGCCCAUCCAGCCUCAGAGGAGCCCGUCCAACAGGCAAACCCUCUGGACCUCACACUAGUGAGAGAAGGGAGCCCCCAGCACCACCAGUGGACUAAGACUGAGUACCAGCAAAUCCUCCAGCUGCUCAGACUGGGCAUGCUCUGGGCCAAUACUGUGAGCAGGACCACCAUACGUCAGCCUUCAGUCACAUAUCUAUUGCUUUUUCCCUUUUCUAAUCUGGUUACAGUUUUUGUUCUUUGAUCAGUUACUUAAACCCAGCUGAUGCUGAAUCAGUAAAAUCAACACAGAUCUGGUUGUUACUGUAAUAAUCAUCUAUAGAGGUUAAAGAAUGUUUUUGCACACAUAUUUGAAAAAAAUAUAAACAGUAUAGUUAUUCUAAUCCCGCUAUGAUUUUUCUUUUCUUCAAACAUUGUAUCAAGAUGGGAAGCUGCUUUCUUCAUGCAUUUUAUCAUGAUUGUUUAUAAUAGGCAGUUUGUCAUUAACUCCUUGUAAUCCAAAUAACUGAUCCUUAAACACCUUUCAGCACAUGUACCAUUUUAUUUCUUGUACCAAACAGGAUAUUUUAACCAAACUGUGCUAUUUUAAAUGUCAGUAUAUUGUUAAUUCAGGUUGUAUUAAAUCAGGAUACAUAUUUUUGAGUUUGAAGUUGGUCCCAGCUGCAGCACUAAGACCCAGAAACUGGGAGAUAAGCUCUGAGUGAAGGAGUGUGCUUCCUGAUGAGUGCAGAGAUUCUGGGAAUUCCACAUGGGGUGAUUUUCAGUCCCAGUUCCAGGCUUUCCCCAUCAGGAUUGGUGGUGAUUUUUCUUAAGAUCUCACUGAAACAUUCCACUCUUUCAGGUUUAUAAUUGCUACAUAAGAUGUGCCAGUACAGAUUUAACAGUAGUUUACAACGUCUUUAAUCCGAGACUUCACUAUAAAAGCUAGAGUAGCCUAGAUAUAGGGUUUCAUAAGGGGUGUUUCAGAGUUCUGAAUUGUUUUUUUUUUUUUAGGUUACAGGCUUAAAUCAGGUUCUUAAACUGUCCUAAGAAAUCGGUCAGGGUUAUUGAUUAUGCUUCUUUUCAAGAAGGUCUGUCCCUUUAUACAUCAGCUUUUAUAGUAGCCAGACCAAAAAAAGUCACUUCUUUUGUGGCUUUGGUUAAUUGGUGAUUAAUGUUUGCAUGUUAAUUACUGAUUAAUUAAAGAAUUCCUCUUAAAAAAAUAUAAUCCACCCCAGUCUUCUGAAUUAUGAAAUUCCUUGUGUAAAAUAAUGACUGAGUCUGGAUGGUAAACGGUGCCAAGUUUUACUUUAGAAAUCAAUUUAAAGCACUUUUUACAAGCGGUGAUGCUAUAUAAAGCUAUUUUGUGAAAGAAUUGCAGUCAAGAGUCUACGUGCUUUCUUUAGGUUAACACUUAUGUCUCUGUGAGCAAUAUUGAGUGACAACAAAACAGUAAUUUUUUCUUCUUUAACUUUUGCACAAAAAUAAAUUUAAACAAAUGCAAUCCGCCUAGAGCCACUGAGUAAACCAAAUAUGCAGCCUUUUUUUCCUCAAGCUUAACCAUCAUUAGCAAACAUCUGGGCUUUGGGCUGCUAAAGCUUUACUCAUUAGUUUUCGGUUUGAAGGAUGUUCAGUUUUGAAAAACUUUGGGUUUGUGGCUAUUUUAUUUGAAUACCAGCAGAUAUCUUUAUUUUUUUUCUGAAGCUGCCCAGACUACCAGGUUGGAAGGAAAGAGCUUUAGGAAUUAGAUGAACCAUAAGUCAUGGAAAUGAAGUGAAGGAAUAAGAUGGGCUGUAUCUCUGACAAGAUGAGUGACUUCUGUAUUUUAUAAGAGCUCAAAUGACAUUGAUUCAUAGACUAAAGGGCUUUAACUAUGCACUUUUCCUACAGUAAAAAAAAUAAAGGCUUCAAUCUGAAUCUCUUA